AUGUGUCGAUUUAUGAUCUAUAAAGGAAAGGACCCAAUGGUUCUUUCCGAUCUUUUAACAAAACCAGCUCAUUCAAUAAUUAAUCAAUCAUUUGAUUCUCGAUUAAGAUUAGAUAUGAGAAAUCCUAUAAAUGGAGAUGGAUUUGGUGUUGGAUAUUAUACUGAUAAAAACUUACCUUGUAUAUUCAAAGCAAUAACACCUGCUUGGAAUAAUGUUAAUUUAAAUAACUUAUCACAAUGUACUCAAUCACAUCUUGUUUUUGGACAUGUUAGAGCUUCAACUCAAGGGGUUUUAUCUGAAAGUAAUUGUCAUCCAUUUUCAUUUGGUAAAAUAAUGUUUAUGCAUAAUGGUGGUAUAUCAAGUUUUAAUUUAAUUAAAAAGAAAUUGAUUAAUCAUAUUGAAGAUGAAUUUUUCAUCUAUAUUCAAGGUUCAACUGAUUCAGAAUGUUGUUUUGCCUUGUUUUUAGAUACGUUAUAUAAAAUGGGAUAUAAUCCAAAUGAUUUAAAUUUACAAAUCUCCCAUUCAAUAUUAAAACAAGCCCUUUUAACCACAAUUGAAUUAAUUAAAAAUUGGCAAUGUGAAAUCACUCAAGAACCUUCGUUAUUAAAUUUUGCAGUCACAGAUGGUGAAUCAAUAGUGGUAAGUCGUUAUAUUACUUCUAGAACCGAUGAAGCAGCUUCAUUACAUUUUAGUACCGGGUCAAAAUUCUUUGAAUAUCAACCGGGUUUAUUCAAAAUGGAAAGGUUAAAUCGAUCACAAGAUGUUAUAUUUGUUGCUAGUGAACCAUUGACUUUUGAAAGAGGCGAUUGGAUUUGUGUUCCGACAAAUACUAUAAUAACAAUCACUUCCAAAAAUACCGUGUUAAUGCACCCGAUUAGAGAUGAAUUUUAUGAUGAUGAAGGGACAAUUGAAAGAUCUUCUGGGUUGGCCAUGCGGAAAGGGUUAAUAGGCGGAGUUCCAACAAUGGCUGAUAAUAACAACAACGGCAGUGAUGAAGAUUUACCAAUUCAUAUCCAUCAUCCUUCAAAUGGUGAUCUUAUUGAUAAUGAAUCUAUCGAUGAAGUGGAUUCUUCAAUUGCAGAAGUCCCCCCCUUAGCACGAGAAGGAAGGAAAUCAAUCGUCUCGGAUCUAGAUAGAAGACGAACAAAUGAUGGAGAAUCAGUUUAUUGA